AUGAAUGCUCAUUAUAAACAUUCUAGUUUAUCACCUUCUACUCAUAUUGGAAGAACUAAUCACUUAUCAUCGAAUAAAACAGUUUAUACUUCUUCAAAUAAACUUGACUCUAUCUUUGAAAAUAUCGCGUCUCAGAUUCAACAUUUGGAUGAAAAAUUUAAAUGGAAAUUAGAACUAACUAUUAUGGAUAAUCAAUCAACACAUUUAUCUGAAUUACUCAACGAUGAAUCUCCUCCUAUUCAUUCAUUACCUUCUUCUCCUGCUGGGCAAUCAUCAAUGCUCUCCGUUUCACCUCAAACUCAGUAUCCUUGGGAUUUUGUCGUUCCUUUAGCAAAUGAAACGUGGCCAAAACCUUAUACGGAUGAAAUACAACACCAAUUGAAGCUUGCACAGGAUCGUGAACGUCAUCUUCAGAACAUAGUACACUGUCAAGCAGAACAAAUCAAACACUCAAAAUAUCUUUCACCUGAAGCUGAACAUGCUAUUACAACCAUGCGUGCGUUAUUCUUGAUGAUGGAAAAUGAACAAAAAGUGCGUUACACUGCUGAACUCAAACUACAACAAAAGAAAAAUGAAAUGCUUGAAAGAAAACUCAAACGAUUGGUCAAUAUUUUACAUACUGUUGAAGCAAUAGAACCUUCAUCUGAAACUAUUCAUAUGGACAAGGAAUCACUUUUGGAAGAAAGACAACAACUUUUACGGAAAUUACAUUUAACAGAAUUACGUUUGUCAGCACGCGAUGUAGAGAUGGAUUAUAUUAUACGACAACAUCAAAAAUCAUCAUCAUCAUCAUCAAUCAAAUAUUACACAAGUAACUCUAAAAAUAACAACAAUUCACCAUCUCCUGAUAUUAAUAAAACUACUAGACGAUCUCCAACACCUCAAUUCAGUCGAAAAGGUCCACCUUACUUGUUCCAACAGCAAUAUUCACCAAAAAUGAGAAGUAGUGUACGACCUUCUCCUAGUCAUAGACAUCAUCAAAAACUUUCUGGUCUUGAUAGUCUAGGUAUUCUAGCUGAUCAAAUGCUUAGUGAUCCUGAUUUUGAACAUAAUAAGGCAUCACCUACAAUGGCUUCUUCACCUUUGAAACAAUCAACUACUCUCCCUUUAUCAAAACGUUCCAUUGAUUCUGCUAAUGCUCUUUUAUCCAUUCCAAUGUUGUCCUCAUCCUUUUAUCCAAUUGCUGAAAACCCAGAGCAGGAAAAUGAUACUAGCAAUAAGAAGAUCUAUAAUGUUACUAUUUGGACACCUGAAGAAGAUGAACAAUUACGAAAAGCAAUUUCUUUAUAUGGGAAUUUUGGACAAUGGGAUAAAAUAGCUAGUGCUCUUCAUGGACGUAGCCCACAACAAUGUCAAUAUCGAUGGACAACCAUUCACUCUAACCAAUCAGAAUCACAGACACCAGAACCAUCAUCUACUACUACUACACAUUAUCAUCAUCAAGGAGAUGCUCGUCGACCCACUUCAUUAGCUACACUUUUGGGUAGAAGUGACCUAUCUCAUCCAGAGAGAAUAUCAUCCCCAACUUCAACAAAUCCAACAUCCUCCUCACCAGCAAACUAUGAUAGGUGA